GCGGCCCGGGAGGCGCAGGGGCCGGGCCGGAGGCGGCGGCUGCCCGCGGCCCGAGCGCUGCACGCUGCCGGCGAGGUGCUGGCCGUGGCGGCCGGGCUGAAACCGGCGCUGCUGUGGGACUGCGGGCCCGCGGGCCCGGCCGAGCUGCGGCGGUACCUGGGCAGGCUGCGGGAGGCCGGGCUGGCCGCGGGCCGCCUGCACGUGCUGGCCAUGGGCGGCUCGGCGCUGGUGCUGCGGCCGGG